GGAGCACAAGUUAUUGAUUUGCCUCGUCGGCGUCCACCACCAUUAUCGCCGGAUUUUAUUAUAUACUCACGACGAAGAAGAAGAAGAAGAAGAAACCAACUCAAAUUUGAUCUCUUUCACUCUCGCGCACUCUCUAUAUCUUUCUCGGGCUAGUUUGUGCUGAUUUUGGGACGCUGCAAUGGAUCAGUCGAAGAAGCCGAAAACUUCCUCUGAAUUCUCUUUUUCUGAUGAAUCCUCUGCUUCUUCUUCUUCUUUUUCCUCAGGACAUAAUCUUAGGAGGCCUGAGAAGAUGGUGGAAGAGAAGAAGGAACCAGUUUCUUCCCGGAAAAUUCAAAAGGCAGACCGGGAGAAAAUCCGUAGAGAUAAGCUCAACGAACAGUUUCUUGAGCUAGGAAAUGCACUAGAUCCCAAUAGGCCUAAGAGUGACAAAGCUUCAGUUCUCACUGAUACAAUCCAGAUUCUGAAGGAUCUAAUGACUCAUGUCGAUAGACUAAAAGCUGAGUAUGCCACACUAUCUCAAGAGUCUCGUGAGCUAAUUCAAGAGAAGAGCGAGCUGAGAGAGGAAAAAACAUCUCUCAAGUCCGAUAUCGAGAUUCUUAAUGCUCAAUAUCAGCAUAGAGUCAGAACUAUGGUCCCAUGGAUUUCACAUUACACUUAUCAUAUUCCUCUAGUAGCAAUAACUCAGGGUCUAGUCUCAGUUCAGCCUUCUCCACAAAACCCCUGCUCCACUUUUAUACCGUAUUCAGCCUCGGUCAAUCCUUCAACGUCCGAACAAGUAUCACUUUCUUCCUCUUGUGUUGCUUCAAACAAACAAGAUUCCAAAACCAAGUCUUUAGAUUUGAAUCCGAUGAGGAACAGUAACCAUUCAGAUACAAAAGAUGAUGUUGGUUUGGAGCUUGAGCUUAAAAUCAAUGCCUCUUCUUCAGCUAAACAGGAUGUUUCUGGAAAAGACAAGAAAGGAAACUCCACAACCGCUUCAAGCUCAUCGAAUAGUUACUUAUCAUCUGAAGCUGUUCAAGAUAGUUCCUCCGGUAAUGUUAAUAACAUUUUGAAAUCCUAAACCGAUACAAUGUAUUCCCCUGCCAAAUAAUGCCAGUCAAGUAAAACCUUGUGAAGCCUGUGUUUAGCACCCUGAUUGAGAAGGUACUCAAUAAUGCCACCAAAUAUUCACUGGUUGUAGAAUAUCCCCAUGCUUAACUAUGUAAUUUAUCAUCACAAGAAAAUAAAACACAAAAA